AUGGCUUCAAAUACACAUUCCGUUAAAUGGACGACACCCACCACCCUUGAAAUUCUGAAAACAUUGAAAAGUAAAUUUGUUGGAUCAGAACUCAAACCAUAUGACGAUGCCAAAGUUUGGUUACGGGAGGAUGGAAGAUUGGUUCUUGAAAGAUCAGAGAAUCUUUGGAAAGACCAUUUUAAAAGACGGAGAGAGAACACUGAUUGUGGAUUCUUUAGCACACCAUGUGAGCCUUUUAAAUGUCUUGGUGGACCUUUAACUCUAGAUGUAAAUGAUCUUCUAUACCAAUCCUAUUCCUCAUACCUCAAGCCUACCAAACGGGAUGAAAAGUCACCUCCAAAAGAAGAAGUUGUCCAACCAGUUGAAAAGGACGAUCUUGAAGAAACCGUGAAGGAUUUGCCACCUGUAACAUUCAGCAGUCGUCUGAGUGCAACAGGUUACGGCAAUAUUCGAGAUCUCCUCGAAAUACAGGAUGAACGAAAAACUGCUUUAAAGGGUGGGAUGCCUUAUAUGGAUCAUAUUAGGAAAAUCGAGAAGCGAAUGGAGGAUAAGAAGGAAAAACCCAUCAAUGGAAUGGUCUUGAUGUCAACCUCAGAUUUUGCCUUCAUGUUUGGUGGUGCCAGAGAAUCUGUUGCGUCUGCAGAAUCAAUGUCGUCGGUAGUAGACAAUCAAGCUAAGCAAUCUAACUCAUCCGAUUCUACCAGAUCGAACAAAUCGUCAGAUAGUUUGCUCCGAGUCAACAGUGGUCUGACAGAACGUUUAGAUAGACUAAGAAAGGAUAAUGUUGAGUUCCUGAACACCCUGUACAGGAUUAUAACUAUUAUGAAAAACCUCAAAUCCGUGGAUCUCAAAACCAGACAGCCGUUAACAAGAAACAAACUUAAAGAUCUGGAAACAUCACGAAAGACAGAACGAGAACACGGGAAGAUUGGAACAUUGUUACAGAAACGUCUUUCAACGGAUACGUCUUUUUCAGUGGACUUAACCCCAACUACUAUUUCAAGUCACGUUGAGAAUCGGCAUCCGUUGGCUUUUGGUGUUCCGAAACGCAGGAACCGUAUAUUGUCCUUGUUUGGAUCAUCCGGUGUUGGAAGUAGAACCAGUGCUUUGGUCAAUGAUAAAAUGUCUAGACCUAUGUUGGAGCCGAGAGAACAUCGAGUGGACACGUGGGAUGAUCUUCUCCAUGCGGGGGAUAAAACAGAAGGUGAACAAAAUGAACUUCCGGUUCAGGUUAUUCCAUCUACGAUGAUGUCAAAAGCUUUGAGAUGGUCUCGUCGAAACCUUCAUGUUAAAGAGGUGAACAUUGAAGAUAAGCACAUGAAACCAGUUUGGCAGAAUGUAGCCAAUGAACGAGCUCCGUCAGCAUUCGGGAAUACCAAAACUAAUACCGAGGACGCGAUGUCCGUCUGUCAACGUGCACGUAGUAAUAUGGAGAAGGUGAAUAAAGCAAUGCGCGAAAGUUGUGACGAAGAAGUAAAGAAAAUAAACCGACAUCGAAUCGCCAAUUUCCGUCAUAAGUUCGACACUCUUCGUGAAAUUGAUGGAACCACGCUGUUUGAGAAACAGUUGUGGCGAAUGAGAGAGCCGAAAGAUUUCGGUAUCGUCGAUCCUGAUCUUCCGGAUAUCAUGCCAUCAAAAUGGUUGGAUGAGCUAAAAGAACGAAUGUUUAACAUAGUUGGUAAUGAAGAUACCGAGCUUACACAUGCCUUAAAGAAACUUUGCCAAUACUCCCAAAUGGAGAUAAAAAAUAUUCCGCAAACUAAGGCCAAAUUAUGUUUGAUAGUCAUGUCCCUUGCCGCUUAUGAUAUUUGUAAAAUUUCCACCCAGCUCGCGAUCAAAUUUAUUUUGGAAAAAAUCAUUCAAGUCCCUGUGGACGACUUUUAUAAUUGGCUAGGUUUAAGGAAAUUACCAGUUGUUAUUGUCAAAUAAAAAAGGAUUAAUCAUUGGAAUGUGUAGCAUGUCUCAAGGAUUGAAUUAAUACUCUGAAAAAAUCUC